CUGCACAUGAGCCUCCCUCUUGCGUGCCUCACUCACAGUCACAGGUGCUUGCUUAGCUUAGCUUAGCUUUGCUGCUGCUCCUUCUCAUUCAUAAGCCAGCAGCUAGCUAGCAAGCAGCACACACAUAUAUCACAGGCCAUCUCUCUAUCCCUAAUUAAGCUAUAUACUCCAUAUAGCUAGCUAAACACAGGAGGAGUGGAGGAAGGAGAGGCUAGCUGAUCUAGCUAUCUGCAGUGAUUAGUUAAAAUGAUGGCUUCUGAUAGGUUGGAUGCAGAAAGGAUCAUAGAGUACUUCAAGGGCAAGAGCAUCCUCAUCACUGGAGCAACUGGCUUUCUUGGCAAGAUUCUUGUGGAGAAGAUACUGAGGGUGCAGCCUGAUGUCAAGAAGAUCUACCUGCUCGUUCGCGCCAUCGACCAAGCAUCUGCAAACCAACGCGUCCAAUCUGAGGUGACGGAGACGGAGCUGUUCAGCGUGGUGAAGGAGAAGCACGGCAAGGGAUUCUCGCGAUUCAUCGAGGAGAAGGUGGUCGCCCUCGCCGGCGACAUCAUCUACGACGACCUGGGCCUCGAUCCCCCGUUGCUUCAACACCUCGCCGACAACCUCGACGUCAUCGUCAAUGGCGCUGCCACCACCAACUUCUACGGCAGGUAUGAUGUGUCGCUGGAUGUGAAUGUGCUGGGAGUGAAGCAUCUGUGCCAAUUGGCCAAGAAAUGCAGGGGCCUCAAGGUCUUCCUCCAUGUCUCCACUGCUUACGCGGGCGGCGAGCAGGAGGGGCUAAUCCAGGAGAGGGCGUUCGAGGAGGGGUGGGCGCUGCGAGAGGGGAUGCACCUGGACGUGGACGCGGAGCUUCGGCUGGUGGCCGACGUGCGUCGGGAGGUUGAAGACGACGACGACAAGGCGCGGAGGAAGGCGAUGAAGGAGCUGGGGCUCGCCAGGGCGCGCCACUUCGGGUGGUCCAACACCUACGUCUUCACCAAGGCCAUGGGCGAGAUGGUGCUGUCCAGGAUGCUGCUGCAAAGCUCGUCGCCGGCGCCGGCGAUCACCGGCGCCGGCGGCGUGGUGGUGGUGCGGCCGAGCAUCAUCACGAGCAUCCAGCGGGACCCGGUGCCGGGGUGGAUGCAGGGGACGCGGACGAUCGACACGCUCAUCAUCGGGUACGCGAAGCAGAACCUGUCGUGCUUCCUGGGCGACCUGGACCUGGUGAUGGACGUCAUCCCGGGGGACAUGGUGGUGAACGCGAUGAUGGCGGCGGCGGUGGCGCACUCCGGCGAGGCCGGGCAGGAGCGGCCGGCGGUGUACCACGUGAGCUCGUCGCUGCGGAACCCGGCGGCGUACUCGGUGCUGUACGAGGCCGGGCGGCGGCACUUCACGGAGAAGCCGAGGGUUGGGAAGCGCGGCGAGGUCAUCCCCACCAAGGAGAUGCACUUCUUCAAGACCAUCGCCAGCUUCCAGGUGUACAUGCUGGUGAAGUACAGGCUGCCAUUGGAGAUCCUCCACCUGGUGAACCUCCUCCUUUGUGGCCUCUUCUCCCGCCUCUACUCUAACCUCGCCCGCCAGUACCGCUACGUCAUGCACCUCGUCGACGUCUACGGCCCCUUCGCCUUCUUCAAAGGAUGCUUCGACGACAUAAACUUGGAGAGGCUGAGGCAGAGGAUGGGGAAGAGCAGGAACCCUCAAGACGAUGAAAUGUUCAACUUCGACCCAAAGACCAUCGAUUGGGAGGACUACUUCUACAGGAUCCAUAUACCCGGUGUGCUCAAGUACAUCCUCAAGUAAAACACACAUGGAUGAUGAUGGAUUAUAUCAUCAUGUAUAACAGCUGGAUGAAGAAGACUUAAGUAUUGUACUCUGGCUCUGCUCCUCCCUGUUACAAAUGCCAGCAAUCUACCUAAGUAUGCUGAUACUAGCUUGUAUGGGAAUAUGCAUGCUUGCUCAAAGAAUUAAUCUUUAAUAUAUGUCAACUACUAGACUAAGUAAUGCUUGUAUCGGAGAAGAAUCACCAUAUCUUAAUCAAUAAUAAUACACUGUGUGCUUGUGCUUGUGUCAUGUA